UAUGAAAUGUUUUCAGUCGGCAAAGAUAAUAAUUACAAUGUCUUGACAUUGAACUCAUGAUUUGCAUGUGAAAGGCCGCUUAUCAUUAAAAGUUAUAUACACUGUACCUGUCAACAGGUAAAAAUGAUGCAGGUACGAACUGUGGGAAAAGCUUUGAAACCGUUUUUACAAUGUUAUUUGAAAAUCAAAAUUAAAUAUCUAUGCCAUGGGAAAUUGCUUGACAGUGUUAUUUUAAUAAGUAAGACGUGAAAAAGAUUUAUAUUGUACACGCGACUCCAGGUCAACUCUCCCAAAUUUUUUUGAAUGGGAUCACGUGACGCACUGAACAGUCACACUAAGCUCAGCGUGCUGAACAAUCUCGGUAGUAGUACAGUCAGUGUUGAUGUGAGAGAAGGGCCCACAAACUUCAGAUAUAGAUGUGUGUGGAUUUUAUUUUAUUUUAAAUACUGCAAAGGGAAUGCCGUUUUAACAUCUUGCACUUUUCUCAUUGCCCGUAUAUAAUUCACAUGGAUUUAUAAAAGUGGUGAUUUCGAUUUGGAUUUAAUAUUUUAAUUUUUUUUAUGAAAACUUGUCUUUCGGAAUUCAGAUUAAACAAAGAAAUCUUAGCAUUAGAUACGUUGAAGUUUAAAAAAAACAAGUUGGAAACAUUGGAUUAUUGGUAUUGGAUUUCGGUGUGCUACAUAAUGUAGAAGAGAAAUAUUACAUGGGACAAUAUCCCUUCAAGAAAUGGGCUACAUUCAGACUGUGACUAUUAUAUCUAUCAUUGCUCUGAAUUUUGUUUUUAAGCCUGUACUGUCCGCAACAACGACACCUGCUACUGGAAAGGCCCCAUCUUUGAAAGUGGAUGAUGAACCAUUAAAGAAAAUUAAAGUAAAUGAAGGUUCCAAAUUAAGACUACGAUGUAAAGGCCCUGGAGACCCGAAGCCAUUUAUAACCUGGUAUAAGGAUGGAGAAAAAAUAACCAGAAAGGAUAUCAGAAGACUAAAAGUGAAACCAAAUUACCUGCUGAUAGUCAAACCCCGGGUAGAGGAUAGCGGGGUGUACGCCUGUCACAGACAAAACAUACACGGGGAGGUCUGGAAAAAUUACACACUGACCGUGAAAACCGAAACGAAAAACGAGGAACCAAAUGUUGUUGACUGCAAGACCCCUGGUAAGAUAAAGCUUGGAGAAUUAACGAAAAAUAAUUAAAUUUAUCAGAAACUUGUUAUCAGGUCUGGUUCAGGACACAAAACAGAAUGUUUUGAUG